CCAGACUGCACUCUGGGAUACUUGCAUUUACAGGAGCCAUUUCCUCCAAAUAACUGCGUCACGUUAUCAUUGCACAAAAAUCAGAGUCAGGAAGAUCAGACUAAUCAGACACCACAGAUCAGCUUCAUAAGGACAGAAUGAGUAAGGCACAAAAAAACAAAGAUGAAGAUUUUUCUCCAGGAUCCAGUUCAGUCCAGGAAGAGGGAUCAGAUUUUCAAGAGCCCAGCUGUGUGUCUAUGAAGAGUGACUGGUCUAUAGAUCCUCCACCAUACUUGAAGGAUGGAGACAAACCACGUGUCAGGUCAGUUCAGCAGAAAAGGUCAGGCAGACAGUCCAGUUCUGUGUCUAUGAAGAGUGACUGGUCUAUAGAUCCUCCACCAUACUUGAAGGAUGGAAACAAACCGCAGAGUGUCAGGCGAUCCCAGCAAUCCUCAGCUGUAACAGAACCCAUCAGUAAGAAAAUGAAAUAUGAUGAUUCUGUCAAUCAACCACAAGACAUCAGUGAAAGCGUGUAUCCUGCUAUCAGUCAUGAUGAAGUCCUUAACACAUUAAGAUCCAAACUGAAGAAAAAGUUUAAGUGUCUUUAUGAAGGAACAGCAAAGCAAGGAAACCUAAGACCUCUGAAUGAGAUCUACACAGAGCUGUACAUCACAGAGAGUGAGAGUGGAGAGAUCAGUAAUGAACACGAGGUGAGACAGCUUGAGACACAAUCCAGGAGAACAGCAACAGAGGACACAGCGAUCAAAUGCAGUGACAUCUUUACACCUUUACCUGGACAAGACAAACCCAUCAGAACUGUGCUGACAAAAGGAGUCGCUGGCAUUGGAAAAACAGUCUCUGUGCAGAAGUUCAUCCUGGACUGGGCUGAAGGACAUCAGGACGUCCAGCUCAUAUUUCCACUUCCUUUCAGAGAACUCAAUCUGAUGAAGGACAGAACACUCAGUCUUUCGGAUCUUCUUUAUGACUUUUUCCCUGAAACAAAAGAAAUAGAAAUAUCCAGUGAUGAAUAUAAAGUGUUGUUCAUCUUUGAUGGUCUGGACGAGUGUCGUCUGUCUCUGGAUUUUCAGAGCGAUGUGAGGUUGUGUGAUGUAAGUGAAUCAGCAUCAGUGGACGUGCUGCUGAAGAACCUCAUUGUGGGGAAUCUGCUUCCCUCUGCUCCCAUCUGGAUCACCUCCAGACCAGCAGCAGCUGAUCUCAUCCCCUCUGAGUGUGUCCAUCGAGUGACAGAGGUACGAGGCUUCAGUGAGCCACAGAAGGAGGAAUACUUCAGGAAGAGAAUCAGAGAUCAGAGUCUGGCUGAUAGGAUCAUCUCACACCUGAAGUCAUCAAGGAGCCUCUUCAUCAUGUGCCACAUCCCAGUCUUCUGCUGGAUUUCAUCCACUGUUCUGGAGAAGAUGUUGAGUCAAGCAAAGAGUGGAGAGAUUCCCAAGACUCUUACUCAGAUGUACACACACUUCCUGAUGGCACAGAUUAACAUCAAAGACAUGAAGUACAACGAGAAGAAGGACACAGACAAAGAGAUGGUUUUCAAAUUAGGAAAACUUGCAUAUGAGCAACUUGAAAAAGGCAAUGUGAUCUUCUAUGAGGAAGACCUGAGAGAGUGUGGCAUUGAUGUGACAGAAGCAUCAGUUUACUCAGGAUUGUGCACUCAGAUCUUCAGAGAGGAGUUUGGCUUGAAUCAAGUGAAGGUCUUCUGCUUUGUUCAUCUGAGCGUUCAGGAACAUCUAGCAGCUCUAUAUGUGCACCUCUCCUGUACAAACAACAACAUAAAUGUGUUUGAUGACAUCACCAGUAUGUCAAAGAUUUCAUUAUCUGACCUGCAUAAUAAAGCUGUGGAUAAGGCUCUACAGAGUAAGAAUGGACAUCUGGAUCUUCUCCUGCGGUUUCUUCUGGGUCUGUCAGUGAAGUCUAAUCAGGGUCUUCUACAAGGACUAAUGAAACAGACAAGAUGGAGCUCUGAGAGCAAUGAGGAAACAGUUGAGUACAUCAAGAAGAAGAUCAGGAUCAGUCGCUCUCUCAAAAAAUCCAUCAAUCUGUUCCACUGUCUGAAUGAGCUUCGUGAUCAUUCAAUAGUGGAGGAAAUACAACAAUAUCUGAACUCUGGAACAUUAGCUGAAGCCAAACUCACCUCUGUGCAGUGGUCAGCUUUAGUGUUUGUCUUGUUGACAUUAGAGCAAAUGAGCGAUGUGUUUGAGCUGAAUAAAUUUAUUGGAAGAGAAAGUGCAUCUGAUAAAGACGUUCGGAAGCUGCUUCCUGUGAUUAAAGAAUCCAGAUCAGCACAUUUGGGUGGCUGUAAUAUCACAGCUAAAGGUUGUGCUGCUCUGGCUUCAGUUCUGAGAUCAAACCCCUCAAACCUGAGAGAACUGGAUCUGUCUGGGAAUAAAAUACUAGAUUUGGGCAUGAAGCAUCUAUCUGAUGGACUUAAGGAUUCUCACUGUAAACUGGAGAGACUAAAGUUGAGAGAUUGUGGGGUCACAGGUGAAGGUUGUGCUGCUCUGGCUUCAGCUCUGAAAUCAAACCCUGAACACCUGAGAGAACUAGAUCUGUCUGAGAAUAAACUAAGAUCUUCUGAAGUGCAGUCACUUUCUGAUCUAAAAGAUGAUCCAGAUUAUAAACUGUCAGAACUGUACUAUUGACUGAGUAUAUAGACAUCAAUCCUGUUUCCUCAGGAUCAGCUGAUGUUGAACAAGGACCUGAUACAGAGACGUCACAAUCAGCAGAGACUGAAAUAAUUAUCAAUCUAGCACCUGUGUAUUUUACUUUAUAUUUCUCAUGGAUUGAUGUAAGACCAUUACAUUACCAGCCGGCUGGUUUUGAAAUAGCAUACUAUUCCUUCUAUUUCUGCUAAAUAAAGAUAAUAUUGCAGAAAUAGUACAAGUAAUUUUAUGAUACUGUAGAUAGAUGCCAUUUCUUUUGUAAGUCUUGUUUGUUCUCUGUUUUGGGGUUAGAGUUAGAGAAGUUAAGAUGCUUUUCUUUUUAUGUAUUUAAUUUCUUUUAAGUAAUUUAGCGGGUUUUAGUUUAGCUAUUUUAGCCUGGUCCAUUGCUGAAGUCAAUCAGUAUAUUUAGGGGCCAAGCACCGAAGGUGCGUAGGCACCUAUUGUAAUCGUUGGCGUUAUUAUUAUUAGGGGCUAAGCUC